GAGCCCUGUUGCGGACGAAGGCACAACAAUAACAAAAGCUGCAAGCCGGGAAGUGCUUUCCAUAGAGCACACUAUCGCAGAUGCGGUAAGCAAGAUAAGUCGUUCCGCAGCUGCUGCGUCCAGCCAAAAGAGCGGAGGCCCUUCGACCACGAGUGCAAACGAAACUCGUACCAAAGGAGCUUCUCCGGGAAGCGAUAGUGUCGACGCCGAUAGUACAUCGACAUUACCAUCAGCCACCUCGCAACAACGUGCGGAGGGCUCCCAAGCUGCGCCGGUCCUACUCCCGUCUUUACACUGUGGAGAAGAUGUAGUUGCCAUAAGCGAAGUCGCCGUAAUCGCCUCGAUCAAAACGACCCAGGCCGAGGAUGCGAAUGUGCGGUUGCCUAAGCUUGAGGAGGAUCAGGUGCUGACUGAUUUUUCUGCUUCCGCAGCUGCGGGGGUACAAGCGAUCGAAGUAGGACCGGAUGACCAGCUGGAGGUAGAAGCAGAUCAUGCCAAGGAGUCCACACUGGUUGCAGAGGAAUCGGAACCCUCGUCGUCUAGCACCACCGCGAAAGCCGAGAUUGGAACCGAUGGUCCUGACCAAGAUUCGCAUAUCGAAGCCCCAUCCACCGCGCAAAACGAAGAACCCGCCGGAGUGGCUGCAGUAAAAAAUGAUGCCGCAUCGCCCUUGCCGUUGCUGGCGGAACAACUCGACGAGCGGCAAACCGAGCGAGCUACCACCUCGACUCCUGAGGGGAAAACACUACUUGCACGACCACCGCCCUCAUCGACUACUAGUGAGGAGACGCUCCUUCCGCGCCUAGAUGAUUUCCUAAGUUGCGACGGUUCCCUGGCGGAGUUGCGCAAAGUGCAAGAAAUACAGCAGUCGAACUCACCGUUGUCCGGACCGGCCGCGACAACUGUUCUUUCGCAAAGUACGCCAAGUAGCACCGCGGUGACAUCAUCAACGACGAAGAAAAAGCGGAUGGUCGUCGGAUCUCUAGAUCACGAUGCGGGACGGAUAGGAACUGGUUCGCCGGUGUCAGGAAUAAAGAACAGUAUUGGGACCACGACGGCCUUACAGCAUAGUACUAAAAAUCGUUCACAGCCGGCGCGCGAAGAACCGGCAGUCGGUGGGCUCGGGCUUUUGGACGACAUUGACCUCUCGCAAGAACGUUCCACUUCUUCAGGUCGGGGCAGAACAACGGACAGUCGAACAAACUCCGCAAGCUGGAGCUGGUCCUCUUCCACCACCACAUCUGGAGGUGCUUCGAGCUCGUCCUCAACAUCGGCGACCAUAACGACUUCCCCCCUCGACGACCCAUAUUUCGCGUCCUUAUCCCUCGACGAGCAGGAAGAAAGACUGCGGGAACGGGUACCUGUACUGUUGGAAGAGAUGAAUCGCGCCAGUUUAUCCACCAACGAGUGCGAGCGCGAGUACGGGGAGAAGAAGAAGCGGCAUUCCGCGCUGCUGCAGCAGUGGAAGAUGGCCUACCGGCAGAUGCGGUCGGUGCGCGGGCGGGAGAUCGACGCCGCGCGGCCCUUUUUCGAACAGGAAGAGCGGAAGCACCGCGCGGAACUCCAGAUGUACACGGCGCUGGAAGGGUUCACAGACAUGCAGCAACUGGUCGAUGCCGCGAAAGAUGAGCUGGCAGAUUUGGAGGAAAAACUGCACUACGGGGCCCACGAGGUGAAAUUGUCGGAAGCCGACCAGGAGGAGCUCAGUAAGACCACCUUGCGCAUCUUGCAGGUUCAACAGCGGCGCGACAAAGCCGAGCAGGUGUACGGAAGCGCUUUGAAGCAGUUCGUGACGGCGUGCGAACUGCUGGAACGGCGGAAGGUCGAGGCGGGGCCGGUGUUGCUCGAGGAUGUGCGCCCGCUGUUCCGGCAAAUGGUGUACUACCAAGAGUCAUUGUCUAACUUGAGCGCGGAGGCCGCCGAGGCAGAGGCGCGAGCGCACCAAGCCAGGUUGGACUACCAGGCCGCGUUGCGGGGACUGGAAAACAUCAAUAACACGAUCCACGGCCUGCGCAAGUCCUGUUCUGCGAGUUCCGUCAGGGAAGAAGAUUUGGACCAAGAAGUUGAUGAUAGCCGGGAGAGUGACGAAGAGGGAAGCAGAAGUGGUAGCAAUGAUUUCACGAAUGACAGUUUUACAAACCAUGACAGGAUAGCAACGUCCAAUCCCUUUGAAUGACAGAUGGAUGUAAAAGUCGCUUGCUGAGGGUAGGUCGCAGCGUUUGCUGCGUACCUGCCGCUCCUCGUCGCAUAUCUUUCCGUUAAUUAGAAUCGGGAGAACGAU